AUGCCCUUUCGGGCGGUUACCAAUCCCAACAUCUCAUCCCCAAGACCUCCCAGUUCCGUGCCCUUCUCUAACUCCCGCCAUGCCCUCUCUCACCCCACCUCCGCCGCCUCCAUCCCCUACCCUCCUCAUUUGUCCUCGCCGUCUCUACUCCCACCCUCCUCGCCUCUCCUCGCCUUCUCGGAGAAUACCUGUGCUGGCACAUGGUGUCUAACAACACCGCCAGCAUCCGGCUAUGUAAUAUUACACCCACUUUGCAUCGUCAAACAACAAUGCCAGCACCUUCCGCAAACGUGCAUCACCCUCUAUGCCUACCGAAGCCUCCGACCAUCGAUCUAUGAUGCCCGCAUCGGCCCAGGUGCUCCGUGUCUGCACCCACCACCAUCCCUAUAG